GCGAGAGGAGACAGCGGCGGAAGGGCUCCAGCUGUAGUCGCCUGUUUCCCCACCCCUACCCUGAAGCUUGUUCCCUAAAACUGCAUGCCCUGGGGGAAUCUUCCCUUCCCUGCAUGGACCAUGUCAGAAAUGUCAGAGAGCACUCUGUGUGAGAAAUUCGAGGCCAAUGUAUUUGCCAAGACCCGGUGCCAGAACUGCUUUCGAACUGUCACGGCUCACAAGCAUGGUAACCAGGAAUCGAAGGAACACGCGGCGAAAACUCCCAAUUGCCUCGAUGGUGCCAACGUGACCAGUCCCUGUGACCCCUUGUGCAUUUUGGUGCCCCAGUGUGAACUCUAUGUCUGUGUGGGCUCUGAGGACAAAGAUGAGACCUGGCAGGAAAGCUUGGAGUACACCCAGCUGAGCUGCAGAGCUGAGGAAGAACCCGCAGAAGCUAGUACCUGUCCCAGCACCAGCACCGUCCUUGAUGCAGAAGCGGAUGUUGUUGACACAGAUGCCCGUGCCACGCUUGAGGACUGGGAAAUGACCCGGCUGCUUGAGAGCAUUUUGGAGCCUGACAAAGACAGCAUGAUGUACUAUGCAGGCCAGAAGCAAGAGGCACGACCCGAAAAACUGCAUGCUGAUAGGCCCAGAUGGGCGGACCCAGCAUCCUCUGGGAGAACAGAGUCCUGGAAUUGCCCAAAAGCAGUUUCCAGGGCCGUGAGCCAAGACCAAGGGGACGGCAGGAGGAAGCAUCAAGCCGAGAGCGGCUAUUUCUCUCUGGAGCGACGCAAGUCCGAGCCGAGCCGGGCCCCUUCCCCUCCCCGUGCAGGCCGUGGUGCUUUGCCUGCCCGUGGUGAUGUCUCUGGCCCCGGCAGGUGGCCUGCUUCCUCCAUCAGCUCCGCUGACUCGGACCAGAGCUGGCGCACGAGCGGCAGCAGCGAGGGUCGCCACGGCCUGAUGAAGCAGGAGUACAGCAUGCUGGCCGACCUGCCCAAGGUGAAGCGGCUGGACCACCGGCAAGCUUUUGAAAAAGAGCGCAGCCGCACCAGAAGUCCUGGCCGGGUGGAGGUGGAGCGGAUCUUUGGCCACGAGCGCAGGAAGUCGGAGACACUGGGGGCAUUCCAAGCCCUGGAAGAGGGACUCUUGGAGCGACUGGAUAGUAAGACCCUAAAGCUGGCAAAGGAAGGGCGAUUAGUCAGGAGGCAAUCAAGCCCCAGUCUGCGCAGAGAUGUUAGCAAAAGACUUCCCUGGGAGCCAGAUCAGCCCAGCAAGAGCAGAGGAGGCCCCCAGCGCCUAGGGAGACCAGAGCAGCGCCCUGAGCGAAGCAGCAGGGGCCAAGGGGAGCCCGGUGGCUCUGGGAGCUCCCCUCAGCGCCCGGAGAGAGAGAGCAGGAGCAGGGCCGUGUCUCCACACUUGGUGGUACCUCAGCAGCCGGCGGAGCGGCGGAAAUGGGCGGACCCCGUGCCCCAUCCGAAAGGCGACAGGGACAGGGCUCCUCUCCGCAGCCCCACGAGUCACAGGAAGCCAACGGGUGAUGGGAGGAAAAGCCAAUCGCAGCUCUCGCCCCGCUCUGGGAAAAGCACGGAGACUAAGUGGAAAAGCUGCCUGGGCGCCGUGAGCACAGCCCACCCCGGGAGGAGUUUGGACAAGGGUCAAGCAAGGCAGCUGGAGAGGUACAAGGAGAGUGACCGGAAGGCGCGGGGCAAGCCUUUGCUCCCCUUUGACACGGGCGAGCAUCCGAGGAAGGAGCCAAGAGACUACCAGGGAGCUGUGUGCAGUUUCGGCCCAGGGAGGGCAAUGGCAGGCCGAGGGCAGGCCCUGAGUCCCCCGAGGCACAGGGAAGAUGGCCGAGGGACUCAAGGAGAGGCCAGGCGGGCUCUCAGCCCAGGGAGAGAGACAGGGAUUGGUUUGAAAAACCGUGGAGAGGUUGGGGGUCUGUUUAGUCCUGGGGGUAGCCAGAGAGAGACCAGGCGCUCCCUGAGCCCAGGGAGGUGCAGAGAAAGUAGCCGGCAUAGCUCUGGGGAGGUCAGGCGGUCUCCCAGUCCCGGGCGGCUGGCAGAGAGUAGUCGCACGUAUCCACAGCAGGCGAGGUGUUGCGCUGUCAGCAAGCAGCAUGCAGAGGACAGUUGGAAAAGUUCAAGGGAGGUCUGCACCAGGACCCUACAGACGAGUCUAGACACUGAUUGGCUGGGCGAAGAAGAGCCGGUCAACCCUUUUGCUCCCAGGAGGCAGGACAACUGGGAGGAUAGCAGCACAUCCCUGUGCCCUGCCAGCCUGCCAGUGUCUGAGCUGAAGCGGGCUGGCCCAGGAGACCCCUCUUGCCCCGCAAGGCCGGAGGCUAGCCCAAAGAGCCAUGAAGGGUCCUUGUGCCACGUGCAUCCAAUGCAGCUCUUGGAGAGAGACUGGAUGAACCAAGGAGAAUGUCCUCAUUCGGCAAAGCCUGGGCAGCAGCAGCAGCAAUUGGAGGGUCACUGGAGAAAUCAAGGGAGUCCAAUGGAACAGGUAGAGGAUGAACGUACGAAUCGGGGAAGGUGUCCAAGUCCCGCGAGGCCAGAGAGCCGACCGGAGAGCAACAAAGAGAAGCUCUUGUAUCAGCCGGAUCUUCUCAACUUCAAGAAGGGAUGGAUGUCCAUAUUGGAUGAGCCAGGAGAGUGGACGAAGCAUUGGUUUGUGUUGACAGACUCGAGCCUGAGAUAUUACAGGGACUCCAAUGCUGAGGAGGCUGAUGAACUGGAUGGAGAGAUUGACCUUCGCUCUUGCACCGACGUGACAGAAUAUGCAGUGCAGCGGAACUAUGGCUUCCAGAUACAUACUAAAGAUGGUGUCUUUACAUUGUCUGCAAUGACAUCGGGAAUCCGGCGGAAUUGGAUAGAAGCUCUGAGGAAAAGUAUACGCCCUGCCAGUGUGCCAGAUGUCACAAAGCUCUCUGACAGCAAUAAGGAGAAUUCCUUCCGCAGCUACGGAUCCCCCAAGAGCUCCGUCAGGACAGAGGAGCAGCGGCCAAGCACAGGAUCUGAGGUGGGAACCAGGAGCGGCAGCAGCAGGAGAGCCGAUGGGACGCGCCACGCUUUUGACUACGUGGAGCUGUCCCCCUUGCAGCAGGGGCCCGCAGGCCACGGAUCUUCUCAAUGGACAAGAGGGAGCACGAGAGCCACGGAGGGCGUGGCCAAGCGCGAGGAGCUGGAGAGGGAGCUGGCUCUCCGCUCCGAGGAAAGGCGGAAGUGGUUUGAGUCUUCAGCCAGUGGGGUCCUGCAGACAGAUGGCCUGGCAGGGGACGUCUGCCCUAAAGCAGGAGGCCACGAGGCUCCAGGGCCCCCCCUCUCCGAAGCCCAGAGGACUCGGCUGAGCGAAGAGAUAGAGAAGAAGUGGCAGGAGCUGGAGCGCUUGCCCCUGAAGGAAUCCAAGCGGGUGCCCCUGAUGGCAUUGCUGAACCAGGGCAAAGGAGCCCACGAGGGUGCAAGCGAGGCGCUGGAGAAAGAGGUCCAGGUUCUGAGGUCACAGCUAGAGUCCCUGCGUGCCCACAGUGAAGCAAAAUCUCACAGAGAUGGGCAUGCGCCUCGAGGCUACAUCUCCCAGGAGGCAUGUGAGCGCAGUUUAGCAGAGAUGGAGACUUCCCAUCAACAGGUUAUGACGGAACUGCAGCGGCAUCACCAGCAGGAGAUGGAGCGGUUGCGGCAAGAGAAGGAGCGGCUUCUGUCUGAGGAGGCAGCUGCUACAGCUGCAGCCAUUGAAGCACUGAAGAAGGCACACAGGGAAGAGCUGAAUAAAGAACUGGGCAGGACCCGCAGCUUCCAGAAGGGUGGUUCAGACACCGAUACACUCCGGCGGCAGCAUCAGUCUGACGUUGAGUCCCUAAAGAGGGAGCUGCAGGUUCUUUCAGAGCAGUAUUCCCAGAAGUGCCUGGAGAUUGGGGGCCUUGUGCAGAAGGCAGAAGAGCAGGAGCAUAUGCUGCAGCGCUGCCAACAGGAGGGAAAGGAGUUGCUGCGGCAAAACCAGGAGUUACAGAGGCGCCUGUCGGAGGAAAUUGGGCAACUACGGGCAUUCAUUGCAGCCCAAGGCUCACGUGAUGGUGCUUCACACAACAACGAGAGGAACUCUUGUGAGCUGGAGGUGCUGCUGCGAGUGAAAGAGAACGAACUUCUGUACCUGAAGCAAGAAAUCCGGUGUCUUAGGGACGAACUCCAAAUGAUGCAAAAGGAUAAGAGGUUUGCCUCGGGGAAAUACCAGGAUGUCUACAUGGAGCUGAACCACAUCAAACAGCGGUCAGAGCGAGAGAUUGAGCAGCUGAAGGAGCAUCUGCGCCUGGCCAUGGCAGCCCUGCAAGAGAAAGAGAUGCUGCACAACAGUAUCGGCAAGUAGACGAGAGCCGCUAUCAGGCCUGACAAGGGGACGUCGGGUGGAGCUAUGAACGAGCAAGGGUGCAGAGGCAGAGACAGGAUUUGAGAGGCCACCUUUGCUCCCAGCCUGGGGGAUGGCACUUAUAUUGGGCAUGGCGUCUCUGCCUUCUGCUUGCCACAAUGAUCAAAACUAGUCUUACCCUAAAACAAUGUGAAGCUAUUCCUUCAAGAAGAGUGUUCUAGGAGGGUGCUAUUUUCUUGCCUUCAUUCUCAUGUGUGUGUGUGUGUAGCAUGUGGCAGCGCACAUGCUAGAGGUGAGUAGGUUAGGCCAUAUCCAAAAAUGGAUGGGGCUGUUCCUUUUUUCUCUCCCCGCCCUCUUUUCCAUGUUGCCCAACAGGCUCCAGGGGAAGGGACAAAUUGCACUUGCCACAGGUCUGAAUUGCCAACUUUCAUUGUAUUUUUGAAGUUAGGCCUAGAGCAGCAGGCUGCCCUCCCUGCACAAGCUCAGAAUUGGCCUGCAGAAUUCUUCUGGUGACCCAGGUAUCUAAAAACACCAACAUUAAGACGUGAACACUUCCUUUGUUCUCAGCACAAUGUUUUCUCCUCUCUAGUUUUUCCUUGGACUCCAACUCCUAUCAGCCCCAGCCAACAUGCAUGGAUGAUGGGAGCUGUAUUCCACCGUGCUAUCUCUGCUCUACAGAGUCUACCGUACUGGCCCGAAUAUAAGCUGCACUUUCCCCCCAAAUCUCGAAAAGUUAAAGUGCGGCUUAUAUUCACAACCUUAGGGUAUCGCUGCUGAAGCAGCUGGACACGAGGGCCGUGGGGAGUACGGGAAAAUGGCGUGCAGCCCACCCGCCACUCCCAAGCCCCCCCGCCCCGGCACUGGCUUGGGGAGGUAGUGCCGGGAGGCAGGCCACACCCGCAAAUAAGCCUUUAAUUUUAAAGGUGUGGCUUAUUUGCGGGUGCGUCUUGUAUUCAGGCAAUACGGUAAAUCUCCUGAAACAGCUUUAUAGGCAUGAAUUCAGGCCUGUGCUUCCUUGAAAUGGCUCUGGGUCUAAAACAAGUUUAUAAACAAGAACUGUUAAACCUGUGGUAUGAUGACAUACCUUGCAGAUUUUGGUACGUUUCAGGUGUAAGUCAAUUUACUUAACUUUGUCUGUUUGCU